AUGGUCAGGCUGCUGCUGCCCAACCCUGGCCUGGAGGCCCGGAUCCCCACGCUGACUGAGCUGGAGAGCCUCGAGAAGCAGGAGAGCAGCUCCCGGCCCAAGUGGGACAACAAGGCUCAGUACAUGCUCACCUGCGUGGGCUUCUGCGUUGGCCUGGGCAACGUGUGGCGCUUCCCCUACCUGUGCCAGAGCCAUGGUGGAGGGGCGUUUAUGAUCCCUUUCCUCAUUCUGCUGGUCCUGGAGGGGAUCCCCCUGCUGCACCUGGAGUUCGCCAUAGGGCAGCGGCUGCGGAAGGGGAGCGUGGGCGUCUGGAGCUCCAUUCACCCGGCCCUCAAGGGUGUAGGCAUCGCAUCCAUGUUCGUGUCCUUCAUGGUGGGUCUCUACUACAACACCAUCAUCGCCUGGGUUAUGUGGUACUUCUUCAACUCCUUCCAGGACCCCCUGCCGUGGAGCCAGUGCCCACUCAACGCCAACCAGACAGGCUACGUGGAGGAGUGUGCCCGCAGCUCCUCCGUGGAUUACUACUGGUACCGGGAGACCCUCAACGUCUCCACCUCCAUCGACGACUCGGGCUCCGUGCAGUGGUGGAUCCUGCUGUGCCUGACGUGCGCCUGGAGUGUGCUCUACGUGUGCACCAUCCGCGGCAUCGAGACCACCGGGAAGGCCGUGUACGUCACGUCCACGCUGCCCUACGUCGUCCUGACCAUCUUCCUGAUCCGGGGCCUGACGCUGAAGGGAGCUUCCAGUGGCAUUGUCUUCCUCUUCACGCCCAACGUCACGGAGUUGGCCAACCCAGUCACCUGGCUCGAUGCAGGGGCCCAGGUCUUCUACUCCUUCUCGCUGGCCUUUGGGGGCCUCAUCUCCUUCUCCAGCUACAACUCUGUCCACAACAACUGCGAGAUGGAUUCGGUCAUUGUGUCUGUGAUCAACGGCUUCACGUCCGUGUACGCGGCCACCGUGGUCUACUCCAUCAUCGGCUUCCGGGCCACCGAGCGCUUCGAUGACUGCUUCAGCGCGAACAUCUUGACACUCAUCAACGGCUUCGACCUGCCCGAAGGCAACGUGACACAGGAGAACUUCGCUGAGAUGCAGCAGUGGUGCAAUGCCUCCAACCCCGCGGCCUACGCAGAGCUCAAGUUCCAGACAUGCGACAUGAACACCUUCCUCUCGGAGGGCGUGGAGGGCACCGGGCUGGCGUUCAUCGUGUUCACCGAGGCCAUCACCAGGAUGCCGGCGGCCCCGCUCUGGUCCGUGCUCUUCUUUACCAUGCUAUUCUGUCUGGGCCUGUCGUCCAUGUUCGGGAACAUGGAGGGUGUGGUGGUGCCCCUGCAGGACCUCAACGUCAUCCCCAAAAACUGGCCCAAGGAGCUGCUUACAGGCCUCAUCUGCUUGGGGACGUACCUCCUCGCCUUAAUUUUCACGCUGAACUCCGGCCAGUACUGGCUGUCCCUGCUGGACAGGUACGCGGGCUCCAUCCCCCUGCUCACCGUUGCCUUCUUCGAGAUGUUCUCCGUCGUCUACGUGUACGGCAUAGACAGGUUCAACAGGGACAUCGAGUUCAUGAUCGGCCACAAGCCCAACAUCUUCUGGCAGGUCACGUGGAGGGUGGUGAGCCCCCUGCUCAUGCUGACCAUCUUCCUGUUCUUCCUCGUGAUCAGUGUCAACGAGGAGCUCGUGUACAGCGUCUGGAACCCGGCCUACGAGGAAUUUCCCAAAUCCCAGAAAGUGAAGUACCCGAACUGGGUGUACGGCGUGGUGGUCAUCGUGGCCGGGGUGCCCUGCCUAGCCAUCCCUGGCUUUGCCAUCUACAAGCUCAUCAGGAACCGCUUCCAGAGGGCAGGGGACCAGCAGGGGCUGGUUGGUGCGCAGUCCACGGUCUCGGUGAACGGGGACGUGAAGUCUUGA